UGAUGGAGACGUCAUGUCUGUGAUGAACCACUCGUGUAAUAAAUUAGUGAAUAUCUGAUGCAAAACAACGACUGUUUUGAUCCGUAAAGUGAUAGCAAAUCAACUAAAAAAAUGAAUAAACUAUUGACCAAACAAUUAGUCAAAGCAUUCAAUCAUUUGUCGAUCAGUUAUCGAUGUCAACCACUGAUGGAUACUGAGAUGAUAUACGGAUCUAUUGGUCGACGACUACCAUUGAAUACAACCUCAAAGAGAUUUGCCGGUCACUCGAAGUGGAAGAAUAUUCAGCACACAAAGGCAUCCAAAGACGCAGAGAAGUGCAGAACAACUAAUCGUAUGUUAAUGAAACUGAAGAUUGCAUUGAGAAAUCCCGGCGGCGCUGAUCCCAAAUUGAACCGCGACUUCGGAGAUGUGAUGGAUAUGUGUCGCAGAGCUAACAUACAGAGCUCGACAUUAGACAAGUGUAUCAAACGAACACUUGAGAGGAAAUCGGUUCCCUUAAAGAUGGAGAUAUUGGGACCAAACGGUGCACUACUCAUACUGGACGCCGAAGCCGACAACAAGAAUGCUCUCAGAUAUUCAGUCAAAUCAGUGCUCAAGAAGUUCAAAGGUUUUGCUUUUGCUGACGAAGGAAGAGCUGCAUUUGCUUUUGAAGAGAAAGGUAUUGUUCGGGUGAAGGAUAAGGACACGAAAGGCGAGUCAAUUAGUUUGGAAAGAGCUGAAGAAAUAGCCAUCGAAGCCGAUGCUGAAGAGGUGAAACUGUGCAGUGAAGAUGAAUCGGUUCUAUUGUUUGUUACGGAACCCUUAUUUUGUCACAAAACUAAAAAAUACAUCGAAGACAAUACCAAUUUAGAGGUGAUUGAGGCGGGCAUUGAAAUGAUACCACAUAUGAGGGUAGAGUUGCCCGAAGAGACUUUCCAAGAGGUUGUCACUGCUAUACAAGAGUUGGAAGAUUUAGAGGAAAUCAACAAAGUUUUCAAUAAUGUUAGCUGAAAAUGAUUUUAAUAUUUUAUUAUAUAAUCUGUUAAAUAAUAUGUAUAUUGUUGGCCAAAAAACACUUUACAUAACAAUAAAUUUUUUAAUUAAC